CCUGCCCUACAUGAUCCUGAAAGCCAUUCGUGAGCGCGCAGCGUGCCCCCGCGGUGAGCGGAAUGGAAAAGUUAUUGGAGAGAGAGAGAGAGAGAGAGAGAGAGAGAGUGAGAGCCGGAUCUAUCCGUCGCCAUUACUGACUGGAAUGAGAGGGGAGGACUCUCCGAUUACACGCAUACCAGUCUUACUGCUAGAAAAUACUGAAAACAAGCACUUUCGGAGAUUUCACCGAUUAUUCCAUUCACUCACGGGUUAAAAGACAACUGGAAUUUGUUGUGGGAUUUAAUCAAUGUAAAAUACACGGAAUAGUUGGAAUGCCACCUCCUGCCUGUGGUGUCGGGAGCGACCAUGUUAGGUAGGGGAAUGCUCACGGAGGAGAAGGUGAUAGGAGAGGAAAGAGCAGUCAUCCAGGACAAAUGAUUCAUAUUAAAGAUACAGCAUCUCAUUCAAAGUGAGAUGGAAAUGCGCCUGCACUAGCCAAUGGAAGUGCAUGUUUGCCUUGCUGGCAUUCUUCACUUAACGUAACAAGCAAUGAGAGGGGCAAUAUAAUGGCCAAGAAUAAGGAGCCCCGUCCGACAUACGCUGUCAGUGUUGUCGGGCUCUCAGGCACUGAGAAAGACAAGGGGAACUGUGGCGUAGGUAAAUCCUGCCUAUGCAACAGAUAUGUACGCCCCAGUGCGGACUGCUACUACUUGGAGCACACUUCUGUGUUAAGCACAAUUGACUUUGGAGGGCGUGUGGUGAAUAAUGAUCACUUCUUAUACUGGGGUGAAGUGUUACAUCGAGGGGACGAUGGCCUCGAGUGUAGAAUUCAGAUCAUUGAGCAGACUGAGUUCAUCGAUGACCAGACCUUCUUGCCUCAUCGGAGCACAAACUUGCAGCCUUACACAAAACGGGCUGCAAAUACGAAGCUUCAGUCUGCUGAAAAACUGAUGUACAUUUGCACAGACCAGCUUGGUUUAGAACAGGAUUUUGAUCAGAAACAGAUGCCUGAUGGCAAGCUCAAUAUUGAUGGCUUUGUGUUGUGUAUAGAUGUAAGUAAAGGAUGCAAUAGAAAAUUCGAGGACCAGAUGAAAUUUGUCCACAACCUUUAUUCUCAAAUUUCCAAGACAAAGAAAUCCAUUAUAAUUGCUGCAACGAAAUGUGACGAGUGUGUCGAGCAAUACCUAAGGGAGGUCCAGACAUUUGUUGCAGGUAAAAAGAAUCUUAUGCUUGUCGAGACAUCAGCUCGAGCAUCUGUUAAUGUGGACCUCUGUUUCAAUGCUCUGACACAACAGAUGGACAAAACUCGAGGUAAACCCAAAAACAUCUCUUACUUGGAAGCUUACAAAGCCCAGAGACAAUUAGUAGCUUCAGUCUCUGACAGAUUUGAAAAACUCAUCAUUCAAACUGUCCGAGAUUAUCACACAAACUGGAAAACUGUGAGCAAUAAAUUUAAAAACCACCCAGAUUAUGAAGAGUACAUCAAUUUAGAAGGCACCAAAAAGGCUAGAAACACCUUAUCGAAGCACACAGAACAGCUGAGACAAGAGCAUAUCAAAAGGCGGAGGGAGGAUUAUCUUACCAGUCUGCCAAAAAUUCUUAAUAAGUUGCUUAACAACCUAGGGGAAAUAGAGAUGCUGAGUUGGACAGAGGCACAGGACAUUAUGAAGAGGAGGCCUGAGUUUCAGUACUGUUUCAUUGAGUUAGAACAAACACCGUGGUAUGAGACAGACCACCUUGAUAAAACCGAUGACAGAAGAGUGCCCUUUGAUGUCCUCAAAACUAUGGAAGGAGAAAGGAUUUAUCAAAACCACAUCCAGCAUUUGAAAUCUGAGAAGAGGCGGUUGGAGAUGAAGGAGAAAUUCAAGAAGACUCUGGAGCGAGUGCAUUUCAUAAGCCCCGGACAACCAUGGGAAGAGGUCAUGUGUUUUGUCAUGGAGGAUGAGGCGUACAAAUACAUCACUGAAUCAGAUCGCAGAGAUGUUUAUAGUCGGCAUCAGCAGGAAAUAGUUGAAAGGGCCAAAGAGGAGUUUCAGGAAAUGCUAUUCGAGCAUGCAGAGCUAUUCUAUGACCUGGAUUUGAAUGCAACCCCAAGCUGUGACAAAAUGAGUGAGAUUCACUCUGUACUUAAUGAGGAGCCUAGAUACAGAGCUCUCCAGAAACUCGCAACCGACAGGGAGUCUCUUUUACUGAAACACAUUGGGUUUGUUUAUCACCCCACAAAAGAAACAUGCCUCAGUGGCACGGCCUGUGUUGAUCUGAAAGUUGAGCAAGUCCUUGCAAACAGGCUUGUUCAAUUGGAUCACGGUCGCACAAAUAUCUACUACAACAGUGCCAACAUUGAUAAAGUGAACCUGUGUCUAGUGGGCAGAGAAGGUCUGGCACAGGAACUUGCAAAUGAAAUCAGAGCUCAGUCCACUGAUGAUGAAUACACCCUGGAUGGAAAAAUCUAUGAAUUAGAACUUUUUCCUGUAGAUGUCAAUUCUGGCAUGCUUUUGAACCAUUCCUGGCUAUCGACUUUCAAGGCCCAUGGAUUCUUUUGUGUCUUCAGCUCUAUAGAGUCACUUAAUUACAUUGGUGAUCGUGUAAGCCGGAUCCGAGCUGAGAUUGCCCAGAGCAGAAGGGAUAGGUAUAGCCAGCCAGUGCCAUUCAUUCUCAUUCUAGCAAAUCAGCGAGACAGCGUUUGCAAAAACAUGCCUAUUUUAAGGCAUCAGGGCCAACAGCUUGCAAAUAAGCUACAGUGUACUUUUAUAGAUAUUCCCUCAGGCACCUUUCCACGAAAGUUUAAUGAGUCUCAGAUAAAACAGGCCCUCAGAGCAGUGUUAGAAGGAUUGAAGCACAAUUUCGAUGUGAUGUGCCCGAUGCCCUCCAUUAAGGAUUUGUCCGAGACUGAUUUGCGUAUAGUCAUGUGUGCCAUGUGUGGAGAUCCGUUCAGUGUGGAUCUCAUUCUUUCUCCUUUUUUGGAUUCACAUUCCUGCAGUGCCGGACAGCCCGGUCAAUGCAACACUUUGAUCCUCGACAAAAUCAUUGGCGACAGCCGAAGACGCAUACAUGUCACCGUGCUCUCGUAUCACUCCUCCAUUGGAAUCAGAAAGGAUGAAUUAGUGCAUGGGUACAUACUAGUUUACUCAGCAAAACGAAAGUCUUCUAUGGCUAUGCUAAGGGCAUUCUUGGCUGAGGUCCAGGAUGUCAUUCCAGUUCAACUGGUGGCCAUUACGGACAGCCAAGCGGACUUCUUUGAGAAUGAGGCGAUAAAAGAGCUCAUGACUGAAGGGGAGCACAUUGCUACCGAAAUUACGGCUAAAUUUACCGCACUCUACUGCUUGUCCCAGUAUCAUAGGCAGACAGAGGUUUUUACACCAUUUUUCAACGAGGUUCUUGAGAAGAAGAGCAACAUCGAAAGCUUCUUCAUGUUUGAUAACAGUAGGGACGGAACAGGCACCGGUGAAGAUGUCUUUCCUCAAUCUCCUCACAGCCAUUCACCUGCCUACCAGUACUACCCUGACUCUGAGGAUGAUGGGGAGGGACCACCACCUUACAGCCCAAUAGGGGAUGAUGUUCAGCUGCUGCCCAACCCUAGUGAACGAAAGUACAGAAUUGACCUUGAAGGAAACGAGUACCACGUUCAAAGCACACACGUUGGCGAUCAUGAUCGUAACCACAAAGUGCCCCCCCCAGUAAAACCUAAACCCAAUGUGCUGCCCAAGCCCAAUGUGAAGAAGCUGGAUCCUAACCUUCUGAGGACAAUUGAGGCUGGAAUGAAGAGCUCCAGAUGGGCACGUGGUCCAAUGAUGGUUCACGGUGACGACCUUGAAGCAUCUGACAACUAUGCAGAGCCGGUGGACACUCUCAAAUCAAAAGGCUUCAGUGAUGAUAUAUAUGCCAUACCUGAAGAUGCACACAGUAGAUCUGGAAAGAUCCGCAACUCAUUCGGUGGACUUGCUCUGCAUGGUGAUGAGGAGAAUGGCUUUGACUCCAUGUUUAAGUCUCAGGGUGGUAGACGGCCUUCUAAGUACAAACAUCGCUCCAAGAUCCUCUUUAGCAAGACAAAAGCUUAUCAUAGACGUGUACAUUCAGAUGUUAGUGAUGAUGAGUCGGGGCCUGCAAUGCAGAAGAAGAAGAAAGGAAGGGGCAACCGAGGAAGUGAAGAGGACCCUCUUCUCUCUCCAGUGGAUCCUUGGAAAGGAGGAAUAGACAAUCCAGCCAUCACAUCAGACCCAGAGCAGGAUGAUAAGAAAAUGAAGAAAAAGAAAGCACCAAAGAACAAGGAACCCAAAAAGACAAAAUCAACAAAGACUACAAAGCCAUUGUACCCACCAACACGAAGAAAUUGGGAGAGCAACUAUUUUGGGCAGCCUCUUCAGAGCUUGGUCUCUCCUGAUAGGCCUAUUCCUUUGUUUAUUGAAAAGUGUGUCGACUACAUUGAACGUACAGGUCUCACCACAGAGGGCCUUUAUCGAGUGAGUGGAAACAAAACGGAUCAAGACAACAUUCAGAAGCAAUUCGACCAGGACCACAGUGUUGAUCUGAUGGAGAUGGAUGUAGCUGUGAAUGCCGUUGCUGGAGCCCUGAAGGCUUUCUUUGCUGACCUCCCUGACCCCCUUAUACCAUACACACUCCACCCAGAGCUAGUGGAAGCAGCCAAAAUUGUAGAUCACUACGAGAGGCUGCAGGUACUGAAGGAAAUUGUGAGAAAAUGUCCUCCUGUAAAUUAUGAAGUUUUCAAAUACGUCAUCACUCACCUUAACAGGGUAAGUCAGCAAAGUAAGACCACACUGAUGACUGCCGACAAUCUUUCCAUCUGUUUCUGGCCUACGCUCAUGAGGCCUGAUUUUGAGAACAAGGACACGCUCUCCACCACCAAACUCAAUCAGUCUGUCAUCGAGACCUUCAUCCAGCAGUGCCAGUACUUCUUCUACGGCGGUGACAUCACAGAGCCCUCCAGCGCAGAGGGCACCCCUCCUCCACACGGCCACGGCUUGGAGUCCCUGCUGGCCCUGCAGCUCCCUCCUCCCCUCCAACCACAGCAGAUCCAGCACCCGCUGCCCCCUGAACCCCUCAUAUAGACCCCAACUUCACAUUCAGCUGACUGCAACACGCACGUGCGUGUGCGUGCAAGCCUCUGAAAAUACAAAGUGAAAAAGGUGACUGUUGCAGAAAAUACUCCCUUUUUUGUUCCUCAGCCAGACUGAAGGAGAGACUGAAUAAAAAAUAUAGAGAAAAAUGUCAAUGUUAUUUUGACAUAGUAAACGUGCACAUUGACUAGAUUCACACAUUGCAAACAUAAGAUAUAUUUAUAAUACCAUUUUUGUUUGUUUCUAAAGACAAUGGAGCUGGCAAUCAUUCACUGAAAUCAACACCACAUGCACAGCUUGUUAUAAUGGUAAAGUGUGCCAUUUGUUUGUGUUUUCACCCUUUUUUAAUUUUACAGUGGACUAAAGGUAUAUUUUUAGGGUUUUUUUAUUUUAAAGACGGCAGUAGUUGGAGUAGUGGUGUCCCAAGGCUUUGCACCAAUUGGGAUGGAUCUAAUAUGAGUUUUUAAAAUCAGGGGCUCAUGCCCAGGAUGCACUUUGUCCUACAGACAUUGAACCAGGAGGCUCUUGUACUCUGGAAACCACAGAAGGGAAACAGUCCACUGCAAUCAUUUGGCACAUCUCAGAGACCCAGGCGUUAGAAGAUGGCCUGGUUAUCUCUGUUUCGUUUAAUGUUCGUUUUUUUGUUUUGUUUUAGUUCCGCAUACCAGUUUCAAAAUGUAUAUUGUUCUGUUAUUAGUUUCCUGAACUGAAUUUGCAUGUCCUUCACCACUUGUAAUAACUAAAUGAUUAGAAGUGGAGGAAAAAACGUAAAUGCUUGACUGUUUUUAUGCAAGACUUGUUUUUUUUAUCUAACUUGUUUGAGGGAACAUUAAACUAGGGUAAAAUUGAUAUAUUCGUUUGUUUGUGUCAUGCCAUUGUUCGACUUUCAAUAUCAUAUUUUGGAUUUGUUUAAUUAUUUCCAUAAAAUAGGAAAAUAUAAAUAUUUCUAUAUACUGUAAACUAUAUAUAUCUAUAUCAUAUAUAUAUAUAUAUAUAUAUAUAUAUAUAUAUAUAUAUAUAUAUAUACACAUCAGCAUUAUUUGACGGCUGACAAAACAAAAAUCACGGGGUACUGGAGCUCUGUAUAAUCUUGUAAAAUCUAUAAUCAGAUUCCUUUGUGGUAUGUAUUCAAAUUUGGGCUUAGAUUCAUUGACUGUGUACUUCAAUCCCUUGAAUAUGUUUUUUUUUUUUUUUUUUUUUUUUAUAUAGAUGGUACUACAUUUUGUUCCACUGUAACAGAUGCUGUUUAGAAAGCUUACGUCUUUGUGUGGACUAUAGCACAGAGAUGUUUAAUUUUUGUUCAAGUGAUGCAAGAGUUUGUAUGUGAAUGGAUGGGAACGGAGAUGAAAAGGUUUUCUCAAAAGCUUUGCAAGACAAGAUUUAUAUCUUAAUUGAAUCACUUAAACUGAGGAAAGGGCUCAAUAGGGUAAGUGUGCAGCUGCUAGCAUCCCAUUAGUGUAGUUUAAAAUAAAGAGCAACAUUAUGUUCAUAUGACUGCCUCAUAUGAUGUACAAACUAAAUAUUUUAACAUCAUCUGCUAUGUAUUAUAGUAAAUAAAUGAUUUUGACAAAUUA